AUGUCGUAAUAGAAUAACAUUUUUUAUAAUUUAGAAGAUUUUGUCAAGUCUGACUUGUAGGCACACACUCAUCUUGACUUAUAAUUCUUGAAUUUUGAAGUUGAAGAAAGAUUUCUAAUUUAAUUGAAUUCUUCUUUAAAAAAUUGCUCAUAAAUUUAAAGUUUAAAAUUAAAUCUAGAAUAUGAAGAUAUUACUGAUAAUAACUUAGAGUAAAUUUUAAAUGACUUGCCUGAAUACAAAGAAUUAACUAGCCUUUCUUUAAAUUUGAAUGAAAAUCCAUCUCUUAAAUAAUAAGGAGCAAAAACUGUUAAGUAGUUUUUAAAAAAGUGCUUAAAUGUUACAGAACUCAAGCUUUUACUAUCCAGCUGCAAACUUUAGAACGAGGGAAUAUUAGAAAUAACAGAAGCUAUUAUGGAAAUGAAAAAUAUUGAAAAAUUAGAACUUGAUUUUGCAUACAGUAAUAUUGAUGAUAAUACUGCUAUUGCGCUUAGUAAUACUAUUAAAAUUCAUAAAAACCUAUCUAGCCUAAUACUCGAAUUGAGUGGAAAUCAUCUUAAAUAUGAAGGAGCGUUUGCAUUAAGCUAGAUAAUUUCUAAUUGUACUAACCUAACAAAAUUGUAAAUUUCUUUAGGUGGUAACUAAAUUUGUGAUGAUGGAGCCUCUAUUUUAGCACAAGAACUUAGUAAUCUCACUGAAAUAACAUCCCUUGAAUUCUAUUUAUGGUAAAACCCAAUUUCUGACAAAGGUGUAUGUUCUAUUGCUGAAGGGAUAGGAAAAUGCAAAAAACUCAUAAAUUUAUCGCUAAGUUUACAAAAAAACAAAAUAAGUGAUAUAGGAGCCUCUAGUAUAGGAUAAAUAUUGAACUAAUUUACAGAAUUAACAGUUUUGUAUUUGUACUUAUGGGAGUGCUAAAUUGGUAAUUAAGGAGCUGUUUCAAUAGGAGAAGGAUUAAAGAGUUGCAAAAAUUUAACAUUAUUAGAACUCAGCUUAUCUAAAAAUUAAAUUGGGGAUAUAGGUGCUAUUAGUAUUGGAGAAGGAUUGAGCAGUUGUACAUAAGUUACCAAUUUACUUUUGUAUUUAUGGGAUAACAAAAUCAGUGAUGAAGGAGUGUAAGCUGUUGCGAUGGGAUUAAGCAAUCUUAAAAACCUAAACGAUUUAUAAUUUGAGUUAGAGAAAAAUGAAAUAAGCGAUUUAGGAGCAUUAAGUAUAGGAAAAGGAUUUAGUAAAUGCACAUAGCUUUAAAAAUUGCAGUUUUAUAUUUGGACAAAUAAAAUCGGAGAUGAAGGAGCUUGUGCACUUGCUGAAGGAAUAAGCGAAUGUUAAAAUCUCAUUAAUUUAGAUAUUAGCUUUGUUAAAAACUAAAUAGGUAAUAAAGGAGCAUCAUGUUUGAUUGAAAAGUUAAGUUAAUGUACACAACUAACAAACUUAACAAUAUAUUUAGAGGAGAAUUUAAUUGAAGAUCAAGGAGCGCUUGGAAUUAGCAAAUAGUUAGAAAAUUUCAAAAAUCUUAAAGAGCUUGAGCUUAACUUAAGGGACAAUUAAAUUUCUGAAUAAGGAUAUUUAAGUUUAGGAAAAUCCCUAAGUAAAAUAGCUAAACUUAUUACUCUGGUAUUGCUUUUUAGCAAAGAUGAAAAAUAUCUGAAAUCUUCUGAAAUAGUCAAUUGUAAGAAUAUUAAGAUUUUAGAUUUAGAUCUCAGCUGGCUAAUUUAGGAAGAUAAAAUAUAUCACAAAAGAAAGGCUUUAAAAAUUAAGCGAUUGGUCAAGCUAAAAAUUAAAGGUUUUAUUGAUUUCGGUGAUGUUUGA